UGAGUUCUCGCUUCCUGGUCCUGUUUUUAUCCCUCGUCCCGAAUAUCACUUCCAAAGAUCUGCUAAAUGCCGCAUCCCGCCUGUUGCAGACCACCCCCCCCCCCAGCCUUCUUUGUUUGAGGGAAGGGGGUCUGUUACAGGUUUUCCCAAGGCUUAGAGGUGAGUAUGGAACAAGUGAGAACUGCGAAAGCUGGAGACCAGCGAGGAGAGCGCAAGCGGGGAGUGAUGGGAAGGAAUAAGAGAGAAAGCUUCAUUUUUUCUCCCCUUCCCAUCACAACUUUCGCCCCCUUUCCUUAACAAUUAACUCAAAUAUCCCCCGAAAAGUGAUCGCGAGCGACUGGGAACAAUGCAGGGGAGGGGAGGGGAGGCUGUACACGGCCUAUACACCAUGAGGUUUAAUGACAUUUCAACCUGCUUCAUUUUUAGCAAUAGCUGAGGUGUACAAAACCGAAGGCAAUGAAGCGUACUUACAGGAAGAUUACAGCAACGCCGUUUACUUUUAUACUGAGGGAAUUAAAGUAAACUGCAAGGACGAAGACCUAAAGGCGAAACUGUACAGCAACAGAGCUUAUGCAAACCUUCGUUUAGGUAAGGCUACUUGUAUUUUGAAAAUAAAGAAAUAUUACUUAUUUUCUGAUUGGUUAACCACUGAUGUUGAAUGUUUGCCAGUGUGAUCACAUGACUUGCUUUGGAAUGGUCCGUCAGGGGGUUUCCAGAUUUCACUGAUCUUAUUUGCUUUGAGUUUGCUUUGCUGCGUUUGCUGUGAAUAAUUUUUGUUUGUUUGCAUUUUUAACAUUCAUAGGAAACUACAUUAACUCCCUGGUAGAUGGACAAAACGCCAGGGACAUUCGACCAUUGGCAAUCAAACCAAUAAUAGCAGGUAAUUUUAGAAGAAUUUUCUUAACUAUUUAGUAUCUAAGAAACAGAAUGGAUCAUAAUUAUACUAGUAAUGUUGGCAAGCAUUCUAUUUACCCCCUUCUUGUGAAAACACCAAAAGUUCAAACGGAUACAAAGUUCAAACGUUUAAAUAAUAUGGAAGAAAUUAAACUUUAGAUUUGGAGUCCACGGUGUAACAAAGUCAUCAUCAAAUGUUUGUUUGCUCACGGGCUCUUUUAUAGUACAAAAAUGGCAAUUACGGUUAUUCGUAGGCUACUUGCGACAUAGUUCUUCAUUCUCUUGAACAUAGGCACGUAUGACGUGCAUGAACUAUCAUGGAUGCUUCAGUGUAACUGUACCACGAAUGUACCCAUUUAAGCCUAAUUUUAGAGUGGCUUAUUGUUUGAAAUUGUCCGGAAAUUGGGUGUUGCUGUACAUGAAAAUGAUAAAAGUAGCAAAAUGACAGCUUAAAACGCGAAAGUUGCGCAAAACUGAGUCUAUCCUUAUCGCUAUAGAAAACUUAUCCUGAAGGAUUAUAUGCUUCUGGUUCAUCACACUGCGACAGACAUACAAAGAUACUAAUACACUAUAAGAACUCCGACAAAUGAGAAAUUUUGAGAAAUGGCAGGUAGGAAGGGAGCAAGACAUAAAAAAUGUUUUCAACAUGCUUUAUUUUUACGAUUUUAGGGGCGAAAGCGUUUGAGAAGUUAAAACUGUUUGAGCUGGUGAUCACUUGGUGUGAUCAAGGAUUAGCAGUAUCCUUUUACUCUUUACAUUCUUCCAUAGCUGAAAAAUGGUUUAUUUUCGCAACUUGUUGUAUACACUUCCGUUACGAUUUGUCUACCAUUUUUCUUGACUAA